CUUCUUCAGCUUGGUCCUCCCAUUGCUCUACAACUCAGAGCAGCAACUGCUGAGACCACCUUGAGAAGAGGAUGGCCCUAAACAGAGCCCUGAUUUGGGGGGCCCUCGCCCUGACCACCUUGCUGAGUCGCUGUGGAGGGGAAGACAUUGUGGCUGACCAUGUUGCUGCCUAUGGCGCAAGCUUCUACCAGUCUUACGGUCCCUCAGGCCAGUACACUUUUGAAUUUGAUGGAGACGAGGAGUUCUACGUGGACCUGAAGAAGAGAGAGACUGUCUGGCGGCUGCCUGGGUUAAGUGAAUUUGGAGGUUUUGACCCACAGGGUGGACUGAGAAAUGUGGCUACUGCAAACCACAACCUGGACAUCCUGAUUAAACGCUACAACUCUACCGCUGCUAUCAAUGAGGUUCCUGAGGUGACUGUGUUUCCCAAGGCUCCCGUGGAGCUGGGCCAGCCCAACACCCUCAUCUGUGCCGUGGACAACAUCUUCCCUCCUGUGAUCAACAUCUCAUGGCUGAGCAAUGGGCACUCAGUCACGCAGGGUGUUUCUGAAACCAGCUUCCUGACCAAGAGGGAUCAUUCCUUCCUCAAGAUCAGUUACCUCACCUUCCUCCCUUCUGCUGACGACGUCUAUGACUGCAGGGUGGAGCACUGGGGGCUGGACCAGCCCCUCCUGAAGCACUGGGAGCCCGAGAUUCCAGCCCCCAUGUCAGAGCUGACGGAGACAGUGGUCUGCGCCCUGGGGCUGGCCGUGGGCCUCGUGGGCAUCAUCACGGGCACCGUCUUCAUUAUCCAGGGCCUGCGCCCAGCUGGUGCCUCCAGACACCAAGGGCCCUUGUGAGUCACACUCCAGAAAGGUAAGGAUUCCCAUGUGUUAGAGCUGGGACCUGGAGACACAGGACAGGAGGAAGGAGAGUGGGAAGUGAUUGUGGACACAACUGUGGUUGAAGAGUCAGUAGAAUUGGGAAAGAGUAUGAAGAUAGCACAGAGCCCCUGAGACCAAUGAAUCUCGUGUCUGUCCUGUUACUGCAGGUGCGUUCCAAUCUUAAGAGCAGAAGAGUGGACAUGCUCGGUGACCUGGCACUAUUCUGGCCAAGUCCAUCAUAUGCCUUCUCUCCUCCAAUGCCCCUCCUGUCAUCUCUUCUCUGGGACUUAAGGUGCUGUGUCCUCGCAGAGUUCACAAACCCUUGGAAUUCACCCCCUCACUUCUGACAUUUUUUCUUUUCUCAGCUGUUACCCACUAUGGAGACCCCUGGGAUAUGCCUCAUUCCUUGUGGCUCUGAUCUGAUAUCUCCAUGGAAACAAUAAAUCCCCUUUAUGAGA